GGCUCUAAAAGGCGAAAUAAGCUUGUCGGUCGAAAAGUGUUAUUAACCUCUGCUCCACAGAGAGCAAGACCAGGUGGCCUCCGUCCACUCUUCAUAUCCAACCCGCAUUUCAAAUUAACUCAUGGAAGUUGAUAGCGCGAGGACAUAGAUUGUGGUACUAUUGUGCAAUGGCAUUGGUGGGAGGCCGCCUUGGGCACUCCGGAGAAAUUCAGCCGUGUCUCACUCUCACUCAACAUAUUUGCCGCUGCUACUUGAUGCAGUGAGAAGUGGGUAUUUUGGAGCUCAAGACCUGCUCAAAGAAAAAGCAGAGGCAAAGGAGCCACUGAUCUAGGCCCAGUCUAUACGAGCGAAAGCAUCUGCCUUGGGACCAAUACCCUGAUGAUCACGCAACUUAUCUGUUGACGGAUAUAUGUGAUGCAAUGGUCAUUCUUUGCUAAACUUGCAGUCAAUGGACAGGUGUUUUAUUGUCCUCCUUUUCAUUGGCGGAAAAUUUCAUGGAAAAGCUACUAUGGCAGCACUGGGUCAGUUGAAUUGACCCAUACAAUGAAGAUAGACCCUUUGCGUAUUGCUGAAAGGUGUGAGUGCGGGACAAAAGGAUACCUGUGGGCAACUGAAUGGGCGAGAAGACCGAAUGGUUCGUCCAAAGGCACAGGAAGUACUCAGAUGAGACUGGUUUGAAG